UCAUUUAUUACACAUAGCUUCAACAACCUCAGGAUCAAAGCGUGUCGGCCGCAGCGUGCGCGUGCGCAGCCACGUGUACGUAUGUGUGUCAGCGUGCGCGUGCGCAGCCACGUGUACGUAUGUGUGUCAGCGUGCGCGUGCGCAGCCACGUGUACGUAUGUGUGUCAGCGUGCGCGUGCGCAGCCACGUGUACGUAUGUGUGUCAGCGUGCGCGUGCGCAGCCACGUGUACGUAUGUGUGUCAGCGUGCGCGUGCGCAGACCACGUGUACGUAUGUGUGUCAGCGUGCGCGUGCGCAGACCACGUGUACGUAUGUGUGUCAGCGUGCGCGUGCGCAGCCACGUGUACGUAUGUGUGUCAGCGUGCGCGUGCGCAGCCACGUGUACGUAUGUGUGUCAGCGUGCGCGUGCGCAGCCACGUGUACGUAUGUGUGUCAGCGUGCGCGUGCGCAGACCACGUGUACGUAUGUGUGUCAGCGUGCGCGUGCGCAGCCACGUGUACGUAUGUGUGUCAGCGUGCGCGUGCGCAGACCACGUGUACGUAUGUGUGUCAGCGUGCGCGUGCGCAGACCACGUGUACGUAUGUGUGUCAGCGUGCGCGUGCGCAGCCACGUGUACGUAUGUGUGUCAGCGUGCGCGUGCGCAGACCACGUGUACGUAUGUGUGUCAGCGUGCGCGUGCGCAGCCACGUGUACGUAUGUGUGUCAGCGUGCGCGUGCGCAGCCACGUGUACGUAUGUGUGUCAGCGUGCGCGUGCGCAGCCACGUGUACGUAUGUGUGUCAGCGUGCGCGUGCGCAGCCACGUGUACGUAUGUGUGUCAGCGUGCGCGUGCGCAGCCACGUGUACGUAUGUGUGUCAGCGUGCGCGUGCGCAGACCACGUGUACGUAUGUGUGUCAGCGUGCGCGUGCGCAGCCACGUGUACGUAUGUGUGUCAGCGUGCGCGUGCGCAGACCACGUGUACGUAUGUGUGUCAGCGUGCGCGUGCGCAGCCACGUGUACGUAUGUGUGUCAGCGUGCGCGUGCGCAGCCACGUGUACGUAUGUGUGUCAGCGUGCGCGUGCGCAGCCACGUGUACGUAUGUGUGUCAGCGUGCGCGUGCGCAGCCACGUGUACGUAUGUGUGUCAGCGUGCGCGUGCGCAGACCACGUGUACGUAUGUGUGUCAGCGUGCGCGUGCGCAGCCACGUGUACGUAUGUGUGUCAGCGUGCGCGUGCGCAGACCACGUGUACGUAUGUGUGUCAGCGUGCGCGUGCGCAGCCACGUGUACGUAUGUGUGUCAGCGUGCGCGUGCGCAGACUGUAAUGUUGUCGGCACAUGCAUCACUUUGCUACCUGCUACCUUAUACGUACAGCGGACGUCGCUGGCGCUGA